UGAGAGAAUUAUAGAAGACAAGAAGCAAAUAAAAUUAGUAAUUUAUAAAUAAAAAUAGUUGAAGAAUACAUUAAAAUGUUAUGCAUCCUACCGAAACCUUUGCUCAUUUCAGUAUUUCGCCGGCAAUGUGGUAAAGGGACACUGCGUCCUUUGCAUACGACAGCUUUAUGCGAGGCUGCUCGCAAAGGAACACGUGAAAAAGCUCGUAAGAAAAAAGUUAAAGUGGAAGUGAAAAAAGUCGGUUUCAUACCGCACAAUCAAAGAGAUAAAAAAAUUGAUUUGCAGCGUCAAAAUAAACAUGUGGACGAUUCAUGGAAACAAGUAUCUACUGACAAUUGUUAUGUUGGAAAAUACUAUCGUUGGCCAGUGUAUACGGUGGCAGAAGCCAUACAAUGCCAUCGGGAAACUCAUCAUCCUACUAUGUACAAUGAACCCAAUGCUCGCCUGAUGGUAGAUGUUGAAUUGAAUAUGAAAGCUGAGAAAUCUACUAAAUAUGUAGACAAUUUUCAGCGUGUGGUUUUGGUGCCCCAUAAAUAUGAUCAUGGUGAAGAGAGACGCAUUUUAGUAUUCACUAAAGGAAAUGACGAAAUAGAGAAAGCUCGUGAAGCUGGCGGUACACUUGUCGGCGGAGUUGAACUUAUUAAGGAUGUUACUGAAGGUGGACUUUUGCUAGCCGAUUACCAAUACAUAAUAGCGCACACGAAUAUUUUGCCGGAACUGGUUGCAUUGCGUGGCCUUUUAAAGCGGAGAUUUCCUAAUCCGAAAUCGGAGACUUUAGGUGUCAAUCUAAGCGAAAUGAUACGACGUUUCGCUGAUGGUAUUAGUUACGCAGCUGCCAAAGAUGAACACCAGCAAGAUUUCGGUUUAGUUAAGAGUUGUGUGGGAACUUUGAAUAUGGACAGUCAGCAUUUGGAAGAGAAUUUAAUUCAUCUAUUGAAAGAUAUUAAUACAAUGCGCCCAAAACGUGAAGGUCGUUUUAUAACACGAGUGCUUUUAAAAAGUCCGCCUAGCUCAGAGCAGCUAAAAAUUGAUCCUUUUGUUUACGUACCCGAAUUGUACACAAAACCUGACGCCAGAAAGAGCGCGGCUAGCGACCGAACUGAAGAAGAGGACGAUAGCGAUGAAGAAGCAGCAGCAAAGAAGGUUGCCGCCAAUUAAAGUGAAAUAAAUGUGAGAAGUUUUAUUAAACAAGUAGAUUUCUGAAUUAAGAAUAAAAACUUUUUCUCUUCACAAGAUUUAUAAUUUAUUAAAACUAUAAAAAUGAUCUUUCAUUUGUUACAGCCUAAAGCGCACGAACGAUAAUAUUUAUUAUAAUAAGGGAAUAUAAAUAUUUUCCUUCUCUUACCAGAGAGAAAGUUACAAUAAAUAAUUCAAAUAAAUAUUAAAGCGGAAUUCAUAGACCGCCUCGAGACUGUCAACCUUUAAAUCUUCUACAAUUUCAAGGAAAUGAUGUGAAAAGCCAAUUAGAAAACCUGACUUUUAA